GAUCCGCACCGCAGUCCUCCUGUUUAGAUCUAGGGGGGACUUUGGAUGUGGUUUAAGAGAAGUGUUGCAUUUUGUGCAUGUUCGUUUUCUGACCGUGAUCGUCAGGAUGAAGACCUGCAUGCUUUACCUGCUCCUUUUCAUUUUCUCCGCGGAUAUGGUCUCAGGAAGGAGAGGAAGAGCGAGGAGUAGGACCAAGUCGAAGUUUCAAAUAGGUCUGCCCAUCACUGGAAAGUACAGGGACCCGGAGUCUGAUCAAUACUACAAUAACAACAACGGUGCCAAAAUAACUCUUGCUUCACACUUCGAUUAUGAAUACGUGCUAGGACACAAAAUAGCCUUCGUUUGUGUUGCCAGAGGCAAUCCAAGGCCUAUAAUCACGUGGUAUAAGGAUGGAAGCGAAAUAUUUACUCAUAUGUAUCUAAAUAUACACGAAUGGACAAUUGGUAUCGACAAGAUAAAAAGUAAGCUGGAGAUAGAUCCGGCGACCCAGAUGGACGCUGGUGUAUACGAAUGCACAGCAGACAAUAUGUACUCUUUGGAUAGAAGAUCAUUCAAAACAGAUUUCAGUAUUGCCUUCGAUUAAGUUUAAUGUACUAACAGAAAAUAAAACUAUUUAUAUAAUGGAAAAAAGAAUACAAGUUUUACACUA